CCACCACUGUUAUUUCCUGAAAACGGAAUCUUAUCGGAGAAAUUGAAAUUAGCAGAGAAGAACAGGAAUGGCGAUUCUCUGUUCGUCCUCAACAGUUAUACUCCCUCCUUCUUCUUCGGUAAAAACCUCCGGAUGUAACAGAAGGUCUCUGUUUCUAGGAUUCUCUCUAAAUGCUAUCUCAAAGCCGCCGGUUCGAAUCGCCACCAAUGUGAACACCAAAAGAGGAGUGCAGGUGAAAUGCGAAGCCGAGCAGGCAACUACUACUACUACUACUACUACUACAUCCCUUGUUCCGGCGAAUCAACGGUGGAUGUUCGACGAAGAAGAAGCCAAUGGCCCUGAUAUCUGGAACACAACAUGGUAUCCAAAGGCUUCAGACCAUGUGAACACGGACAAGCCCUGGUAUGUGGUCGACGCAACCGACAAGAUUCUCGGAAGGUUAGCAUCAACCAUUGCUAACCACAUCCGUGGGAAGAACCUUGCCUCCUACACUCCCAGUGUCGACAUGGGAGCCUUUGUUAUUGUGGUGAAUGCUGAGAAAGUGGCUGUGUCUGGAAAGAAAAGGAACCAGAAGCUGUACAGGAGGCAUUCAGGACGACCUGGUGGUAUGACUGUAGAAACCUUUGAUCAGUUGCAGCAGAGAAUCCCGGAAAGGAUCAUUGAGCAUGCUGUUCGUGGAAUGCUUCCCAAGGGACGGCUUGGGAGAGCUCUGUUCAAUCACUUGAAGGUUUACAAAGGCCCUGACCAUCCUCACGAGGCACAGAAGCCGCUUGAUCUCCCUAUCCGGGACAAGAGAAUACAGCUGCAGAAAUAGAUACAUACACCAUGGAGUAUCUCUACUAAGCUCCAGUUUUAUCUUGGGUUUCUGUAGUUUCUUCAUCUCAAAGGUAGAGGAGACCUUGCAGAUUCUUGUUUCUAUUGCUUGCAACUAUCAUCUCUAUGCUACAAAAGUUUUCUAAUGUGAAAAAGUCUUUUAUUUA